UAACAUGGACACUUUUAAGGUUAUGUUAAUCUAAACUGAAUGGAAUACGAUUAACCAGCUAGAUACGCCACGCAUACAAACAUAAAUGAAUGAAUCAAUUAAAAGGCAAUAAAUGCCGAAAGUAUUCAUUUGUGUUUUGCGGUAACUAUAGCGGCGCUAAUCUGAACUAAAGUGGUGAUCUUCGAGUUGCCGUAGAGGGGGAAGGCAAUAGGUUUUGUUUGAUUGUUUAUGACGUUACCGCGUCGGACCAAUGAAAGUGUUUGUUUCCGUGUUUUAAGGGGGGGUGACCCCGUAGCUCGGGGCACGUUAACAAGAAUCCUAUGGAUUUUCCCGCCACGGGUAACGGAACUUUGGUGAUUUUCACCUGACACGUUGCAAAGAAGAGAGAUCAAGGCCUAAACUCGAAAUGUAUGAAGAAAGAAUAACUGAAUAAGAUAUAUACCAACGUACAUGUGUAUCGUGAAAAAUAUUUAGUGGAUAUAAUUUGCUUCAAACUCUAUUCCUAAAAGUACAUGCACAAAUCAAUUGAUCAAUCAGGCUUGAGAAAAUAUUUAAUGAUUCGAACGAUGCCGGCUAAUUAUAUUUGGCUUUUGGGUUUAGGAUAAAAUCCAAAUUCCCAGUCGAGUAUCCUACGAACCCUGUCACCUCGAAAACCAGUUCUCGUUCAUGUCUUGGUAUUAAUUUUAUUGUCAAGUGAAGUGCGAAAAUAAAACAGGUUAUCUAAAUGGAAGAAAUCUUACAAAUGUGCUUUAGACUAAAAUCUAAAUAUGCUCGAGACACAGUGAUAUUAUUGUUCUUAAAUGGAUAAUAAAAAUCCUUUUAAACAUGAUUAACAAUUCGAUAAGGAAGUGUUGAUACACAUACAGUGAUAAAUGAUUUUUAAAAUAAAAUCAAGAUAUACCAGAAGAACUCUGACACUAUUGUUCUUAAAUGGAUAAAUAAAUAACAUAAUUUCAAUUGCGGUUUGACCAAUUAAAGUCGAAGUGAGCAUCAAGGUUUUAUGGAUGACAGGAGCGGGAGACGUCGGUCGUAGACGCGUUGAGUGGCGCCGUAGCGCAAAUACGCAAACUCGCAUUACAUAGCUGGAUAUAUAUUAGCAAGGUUUGACUCGUGGAUACAAAGGCGAAGGUGAAAAGGUGGCUGAAGGCUGCCUGGAGUUGCGAGGGGCUGCGUGGGCAUGCAGCAGCCUCAGCCACGCCCUCUCCUCGGGGACUCUGUAUCCUCUACACCCCCCCAAGCUGCACGUCGUAAUAAUCCUGUCGCUGUACUAACGCAUCAGCAGUUGCAACAGCUGCAGCAGUUACAAGCACACAAUCCAACUGGUCAGUCACUAACAUUUGCCCUACAACAACCGUCAAAUAACGCGCAAGAGCAGAAUAAUGGAUCAGCAACCCAUGGAAAUCACAUAGUUUAUGUAAAUCAGUUGAACCAGUUGAAUCAAGGAGGCCUCGGUCACUCAGGGACUGGUAUGGGCCUGCCCCCAGCCACCCCCACGUUUGGGGUGGGCCUUAAUAUGGGACUGCCGUUAUCAUUAUUAAAUACCUCGUUGACGUCUCUUACUUCAAAUGCAAUUACAACAUCAAAUCCACUCCUAAACUUGGGCUUAUCUGGCAUAAACCCAGGUCUGACAACUCUAAAUCCGAAUCUAAAUACCCUAAACUCAAGUUUAAACACCAUUAAUCAGAGUCUAAGUUCGAAUUUGACAACGAAUAAUAUCAACUCUGGUUUAGCAGGCCUUGGUCAAGAUUUAACAAAUGUUAACUCUGGACUAUCGUCCAUAAACUCUGGAUUAUCUGGUAUUAAUCAAGGACUAACAAGUUUAAAUCCGAAUGUGAAUCCCGGUCUAAACACUCUAAAUACAAAUUUAAGCAAUGUGAAUUCUAGUGUUUCCAAUUUUGGGACAUUAAAUCCAAGUAUAAGUACAAAUUUGACUACAACCAGCAUAAACCAAGGACUCAGUCAAACUCUAAACGCUUUAAAUAGUGGCUUGACACCAAGCAGCAUAGGUUCAAGCAAUUCGAAUAGCUUUUCGUUUCCCACCAUUCAAAGUAUACAGAGCUUAGCCCCACAUAUUGUGAGUUCAAACAUUACGCAUAUUCCUAGUUCAAAUGUGUCACAUCUGACUUCAAAUUCUAGUGUUUCUUCAAUCUCACAUAUUUCCAAUUCCGGUGUUACACACAUACCGAGUUCAAGUGUGUUCACACAAGUAUCUAGCGUACCUACGCUUUGCAGCUCAAAUAUAACUCAAGCAUCAAACAUCACGCAUUUAACAAAUGCUGGAACAAUGCACUCCGGUGUUUCCCAGGCUCCUAAUUCAACGUUACAGCAUAUCCCACUUUCGAAUGACCCUAAUUCCACUAUAAGUCAUAUAACUUCUUCGAAUGCAUCACACAUAACUACUUUUCACCCUCAGAGGCAAUUUUCCCAGAAUUUGAAUCCUGUUCUCAGUUCUUCGCAAACGCUAAAUAGUGUUAAUACAUCUUUGAACGCAAUGAGCAAUUUAAACAAUGUGAAGAAUGUGCAAAAUAUUCAAAGUCAGAAUAUAAGUUCGCCUGGUAGCCCCUUUUCAAUACCAAUGAAAAGUCCUGCUUCAAAUAUAGCACCACCUACACCAAGUCCGAGUCCAAACCGACUUCUACUAAGAAGCCCGGCAUCUAAUUCAAUGCAAUCAAAUAGAAACAGUCCAAGUCCUGUUUCAAUUUCAACUCCAAAUGCUAGUUUUGGGACCCAACUGCAGAGCCCAAUGCAAAGCCCAAUGAGUAUCGGACCCAUUCAAAGCCCAGCGCCUAGUCCUUAUCCACCUGCCAAGAGUCCACAUCACUUAGGAGCUGGCAGUGCUAUGAAUAACAGAAGUCCAGCGCCUGGUGGCAGCCCUGGUCCACCAGUGGUAAGAUCCAAUACGCCAAUACUACAACAAGGGAUGCAAGUUCUACAGAUUAUUCAUGGUAAUCCACAAAAUUACCAACCCACUCCUACUCAAUUAGUGACGAGGACUCACUUGAUUGGAAAUCAACAAAUUCAAAUUGCCACCACCAAACCAACCAAACAACCACCACAAAUUUUGCCUAAGCCUCCAAAUCAGCAAGCUAGUGUUACACAGCCAAAACAACAGCGAACCACCAACACUGUUACGAGUCAGGUUCCACAACAAUCUCAACCACAGUUGGUUCUUACUGGUCCUCAGACGAACGCCACAACAGCUACCAUGAUUCCUACAGCGCAAGGUCCACUCUUGCUGAACCAGGUUCUACCGUCUUCAGGGCCUGUUAUCGUUCAGCAGCAGCCCGGUGGUGUUCAAUUGAUCCUACGGACACCUACGAAUGCCCAACAACAAACGCAUACCGCACAGCUGACCCAACAACAACUGGUUCGUGUCGUGACAGCUCAGGGAAUGCAGCUACAGGGCUUGGCCCCAGCAUUUUUUGCUGUACCUAACGGUUUUCCGCCACCUCCACCCCCUGUUUUGAGGCAUAACCAAAAUAGUCCAGCUCCUCCAAAUAGUGGAGGUAAUCCGAUAGUAAUACAAAACACCAUGGUGCAAAGCCCCCAGACACAACUUACACAAGUGACAAAUGCAAAUACUUCGAAUAAUUCGUCAAAUACUCAUACAGUUGAUCAUAAUUUAUUACCUCCGCCUAAAAAGAAAGCAAAGAAAAAGAAAAAGGCCAAAAGAAAAGAUGAGGAACCACCAAAGUUAGAUUUGGCAAGUAUCAUGAAAAUAUCUGGAAUUGGCGAUGACGAUGACAUGUUUGAUACAGAUUUAGUUACUGAGUCAGAAACAUCCAAUCAAAUGCAAAUUGAACAAAGUAUUGAUCAAAGCUUAGGUUCAGCUUUGACACAAGUAUCAAUUUGUAAUACGAUUAACGUUAAUACACAAACUCAGAGUAACCAGAAUAGUCGGAAUAGUCAGUUGUUAGCACAGUUACAAACACCUGUGCAAAAUCCCAUUUCUGGACAUUUGAGACUUGCUGUCGGCGAAGACGGCAAGUUCAUCUUGCAUCACACACCAGAACCCAAUCAUCCAGAAAUUGAUGCAGCCACAGCUCAGGCAUUAAUUCGCUCAUUGACUCAAGGUGGUGGACAAAAUUCGCAAAUAAUAUCUCAACUUCUUGGUCAGGCAUCAGGAUCACCACAAAAUACUGGACACAAUCAACCAAUGAUACAGAUGCAAUCGCACAGUAGGCAGAAAUUUGAGAAAUCACCUUUGGCUACAGCAAAUCAAGGAUCGAACCAACCUCAAGCGGCAGUUACCAGUCCAACAAAUUGUCAGGAUGUUACCCUGUCGACGAGUCCUGAGCAAUUACAGAUUUCCCAGAAUUUGAAUAUGCAAAGCAAUUUGAGUAAUUCCGCAAAUCAGAAUACCCAAUUAUGUCCAAGUUUGAACUCGCAAAGUCAUGCAAACUCUAUGCAGAAUUCGAACGUGCAACUGUCCAUGAAUUUGAAUAUUAAUAGCAUGUCAAAUACUACAAAAACUGCCCAAACAUCGAAUACUAAUCUACAAAGCCAUCAGCAGUCUAAUCCCAAUAUACAAUUAUCUGGUGAAGUUUCAUCCCAAAAAUUUUCAAUGGUUUGCCCAAAAUUCCAAGUUCAAACGAAUCAACGAGUUCCAAACACUGGCCAACCUGUUGCUCCUAAUCAACAACAUGGACGUAACUUGCAAACCCAGAAUGUAACUCAGAAUCGAGUCACUAAUUCCUCUGUACAAUUGAGUCCUCAACAAACUGUUAAAUAUUCCCAGCAUACUGGUCAUGGUACACAAAAGCCCAUGCAGAGUACUCACUCGAUGCAGGUAAACUCUCAAUUAGUUAAUCUGCUUCCAAAAAAUGCGCAGUCGAUACAGCAAAUUAAUAUGCAGCAAGAGACUCAAUGUAACCAGCAAACAACACAAACUGGUCAACUGUUGCAGAACCAAAAUGUACAGCACAUAUUCCAACAAAAUCCCAAUACUAGUAGCAAUUUACAACACAAUAUUCCGUUAAAUUCUGUUAAUAACAUGCAACAAAAUAUUUCUACAAGUGGUCAGCAAAAUACUAGCAAAAAUGUACACCAAAGCACUGCUGCUAGCGCACAACAGCAACAACACCAAAAUAGUAUUUCACAACAAAAUGCACCUGCUACUCAACAACACUUGGAACAAAGUUUGCAUUGUAAUAUUGCCAGUGAUUUACAUCAUAAUUCAGCCAAUAUUGUUAAUCAAAAUGCACCCAAUAAUUUGCAACAUGGAACAACGAAUAAUAAACAACAAAAUUUAACUACUGAUUCUCAAAAUGUCAGUCUGAAACAGCACAAGAUGGCAUAUGUGAAUACGAACUGUUCAGAAAAUUUACAGUCACCUAAUUCUCAAAGUGGUACAAACAACCUGCAACAACAGAAAAUUUUGAUCUCAAAUUCUCCUUGUCAGAGAAAUAUGCAGCAGACUGAUCUUCAGAAGGUUCAAGCAUCCAGUACCAAUACGAUGAAUUCAGCUGCAACAAGUAUAUUCAAUAAUGCUCCGAAAAUUACACCUGAAAUUCUGAAUGCUCUGAGUAACUUGAACCCAAACGAUCAGUUAUUAAUUGCUAAUGCUAAUGGGCAAAUGCAAGUUAUAAGUCAACAGUUAUUGCAGCAAUUUUUAUCUGGACAGCUGAAUGUCUCACAGCAAACCCAGAACCAGAAUCAAACACAGAAAAUUGUCAUUGGAGAACCAAACUCCAACAAUCAGAAUUUGCAAGGUGUACAAAUAAAUACACCUACUAGUCAAAUAAUUGUAAACAGCUCAGGGGGAGUACCAACGAUACAAAACAAUAUCCAGAAUAUUGUCGUACAAGCAGCACCAUCUCAAAUGCCGCAACAAAUACAAAUACAGAAUUCAGGUUUUCCAACUCAAUUUAUUGACAAUCUAAAUCAACAGCAAAUUAGAAGUUUGGGAAAUAAUUCAACAACUACUAGUUCUGCACCCAAGAAAGCCAAGCUUACCAAGAAAGUUAAGGUCGCUGUUACUUCGGCUCAAAACGUCAGUUUUCAAUCGGUUGCCAAAGCUGUUGCGGUAUCUCGAACUACAAUGACAACAACAACAUCGACUCAAAAAACUAGCCUGUGUGAUAGCACUAAUAAAGGAAACUUAAGUUUGAUGGCUCAGAGUACAAAUUCAAACAAAUCCGAACUACCGCCAACUUCAACUAACGGUUCUGUAGUUUCACCAAUGCCAAAUAAUCAAAAUUUGAUUUUACCCAAUGGACAAUUGGUCCAAAGGGUGCAAACUAUACAAUUGCCUGUGCAAAAACAGCAGAUGCUGAAAAAUAUUCAAGCACAAAUACAGGCAAUCCUUGCACAUAAACCCAAUAAUCAAGCUGAACAGCUUGCUUUAACAAAGCUCUACCACGAGCAGAGCAGAAUUUUUGCCAGCGGAAAAGUUAUCAGUAGCACUUCUCACCCAGUAAGCAGUGGAGCUGAGUCAACUAUGAGUGUUAAUGUUGUAUCAACCUCGGUACCUACUUCUCAGUCAUCAAGCGUUUGCAAAAAUCAAACAUCGACAGCUCAAACACAGACGUUUAGCAAUCCUUCUUUGGCUACCACCUCGAAUACUCCAAUUCCAAAUUCUACAUCACUUAAUAUUCCAAGUAGUGUUAGUACUGCUUUUGUCGGCAAUCUAACACAGGCGCAACUUACAGGACAGCAAAAUAUUCAGCCACAAUCUGCCCAGACGGUUCAUCAUCAAAACAUGAGUCCAGUUGAGUCGAAACAGCAUAAAUUUUAUGAGAAUCAAAGUCAACCGAUGCCGAGUCAAUCAAGUACGAGCACAACACCAUAUUCUGGGUUGAAUGACAUGACGAGUUCAGCACAAAGUAGUUUACAAAAUCAAACACUGUCUCAACAAAUAACUGUACAACUGUCAACGCAAUGUCAAACGGAUCCGUUAGAUGUGAAACCUAAUAUACAAACGCUCAGUCCAAUCAAACAGGAAAUACCAUCGCAAAUUCAAAUCCAAGUUCAAAUUGGAUCUCCUGUCAGUCAGGUCUCAUCUAAUUCACCCAGAAUUGCGUCAAAAUGUCCUCAACAAAAUCAAAGCCCAGUGAAUAUAAGUUCAUCCCAGUGCCAGAUUAAACAAUUAAAUACUCCAGGAAAUAAUAGUUCGCCCUUGGUAAGCCCACGACAAGCUGUCAAAAGGCCUGCCUCAAGUCCAAUUUGUCGACAAAUGAAUCGCAGUGAUUUGCUGGAACAACAGUUGAAAAUAGACCAAAAUGGUGCAAUAAACCCAGAUAUGAAUAGUCCAUUUAGUAGUAAAUCUGACGCAUGUAAGCGUUUGAUUAGAUAUCACUGUUUCAAUGAGCAAGUGCUUAGUUCAAAGGAUCUGGCAAAAGCGGACGAAAUAUUUGAGGAGACAGCUAAACAUCUAUUAAGCAAAUUUAACUCUAUGAUGAAUAAAUAUACGUACCUGUUACUUAUGGAAAGCAUGCGAGAGGUGAGAACUUCGGAAUUGAUGAUGAUUGAUCGGACAUUUGUUGCCGAGGAGCAGAGCAUCUUAAGUAGACUCCGAGAACAGGAGGCUAAAGCCAAUGAAGACUUUAAAAAGGAGGAAAAACCUAUGGUUCCAAAAGUUGAGCCUGGCCUAGCGGACGAUGUAAAACCUCUGCCAAUGCCUGCUAAUGUAGCUGUCAAGCGAGAACUAGAAGAUGACUAUUCAGAGAUGGAUGAAGAUACCAAACCUCUGAUAAAACCAUUGAGUUGUACAAGUGGAGAUUACGAUGAGUGGCUUGAAAUACAAAAGGAAUUAGGUGUAUAUCCUACAUCUGGUGACAGCUCAAAAUGUAAAAACAGUGGUAACAAUAGUAGUGCGAUGACACGGACAUCGAGGAGUGAAAGGACGCGAGCCAAUGGUGAAUAUCGUGGUAGUGUAGUGAGUUCGGGUCUAAUUUUGAAAAAUUCUUGCGAGACAGUCCCUGUUACGGCACGCCGCUGGAGCGGUGCCACAGAUUUAGAAAGAGAUCUAUUAGAAGAUGCAGACAGUUUAGACGGACUAGUUUUGACUUCACAGGCCCAAUGUCCACCACCAAUGCAUCUCUCCAACGAUAAUGACAACGAUAACGACGAUAUAACUGCCCAGGUUCAAUCGGCAAUAGACAGCAUUUUGAAUCUGAAGCAAGGCCCGUCAAACCCUCUUCCUCCACCCCCCCUCCCUGCAACCACAUCAACCUCCCAGAACAGCGAAUCUAAAGAUGCUGCAUUAGAUCAAGCUGUGAGGAGUAUUCUUGGCUCGUGACCCCCCUACAAGAAAGUUCGUUAAGUAAGUUCUGUUCAACAAGGUCUCUAGACUACAUGGAGUUGUGUGUUUUAUUAAAUAAAUUAGUAAUCGGUGGCACAACUGCCUGAGAAAUAAUCGUAUAAUCAUUUGAUAAUAGUAUAAAAGUAACAUGAAACAAAACAUCCUGGAAACGUAAUAAUAAUAGUGUCAUGCCAAUUGGAAAAUUGUGAUCUCUUCUAGCGACCUUGCUGUUGAGUCAAAUGUAUGCAAUCAUCAACGUGGUAGUAAUCUUGAGGAUAAUAUUUAUUUAAACCCAAUUAUUAUAUAUAUAUAUUAUCAGUUCAGAAAAUGGCAGCUAUAUCUAUAACGUCAAUCCAGAGUCGAUGAUCUUAUAUAGUACAAUCUGAGGUGAUAAGAGUUCCAAACAACUGAGACUUUGGUGUAACCAAUAAUAUCUAAUUUUAGGCAUUUUUUGGCGAGCACUGGUAUAGCAACCAAAGUGUACCAAACGGUACCAAACGCGUUUUCGCGACUCUGGUACUUUCUGGUAGGGGCGGAGCAAGCGGUUUUGGUAUAAAUCAGAAUAAACCCUACUCUGUAGCAUGGUCGAAACGGGUUGAACUAGAAUCAGGGCGGUCUCUGAGCCGAAAUUUAAAUACAGGUGAACAUACGAUCGGGAAUUAGACAUGAAAUAUGUUGAGUGUAUCGACGAAUAUGGGGAAGAAAUUGUUAAAUACUGAUAAAACUUUGGAAUUCAUUUCUACGUUUGAGUCUUCUUCCCAAUAUUUCGUGCCUUUAAUCACGAACAGAACGAACCAGAGCGUUUUAGUGGGACGUCAUUAUGCUUAACCAGAGUUAAGCUCUACCCAUACCAGAAGCAACGACGGUUUAUACCAUUGUAUUUGCCGAAAAAAUGCCAUUUAUAUAUACUUAAGUAUUGUUCCUUACAUUUUUUUUCUAUUAUUUAAUUUAAUUAAAUUUUUUGUUUUCUAAUCUAUUUUUUUUUUCUUUUUUUUUUUAGUUUAGUGAUCCAAACGAAAAUAUGUUAUUUAUUUACUUGUUACCAUACUGGUACUAACAAUAAGUGUCAAUCACAUUAUGCUUAAUUUUUUGUUCACUUAGAGCUCACCAGUUUACCACGUUGAAUGGUGUGCAUCGAAUAACAUUCAAUUAUAACGACUCUUAAAAAAUAUACCAUUUUAUUUUUCGCAAUGGCAAUAAUUAUAAAACUAAUUACAUACUUUCCAAUAGAAUAGAAAUAAAUAAGUGAACCUACAAUGUAAUUCAUAAUUGUAAAUGUGGCUAGGUAGUUAGGUUUGCUCAGAUGGACAUCUGUUGGUUCGUAGUGUAAUUUUGUACAAAGAAACUAUUUAAAUUGAUAUAUUCCGGUUUUAGCGAUCACAGUUUAUAAAUACUUAAAGGAUCGGUGAAUUGUAAAUAAGUUUUUAACUACAUUAUUAUUAUUAUUAUUAUUAUUACUACUACUAUUAUUAUUAUUAUUAUUAAACAUUUAUGAAACAUAUUGUAAAAAGGUUGGUUAAUUUAAAGGUAUGAAAUAUGAAUUUUUUUGAUCAGAGAAAAAAUACAAACAUCCUAAAUUGUAACACAAAAUCAAACUAUUUUAUUGAAAAAUCAUAACGCUUUACAAUAUCUAUGGUCUUGUAAACAAAGAAUGAGUGUCAAAAAAAGGUAGCACUUAGGUUAAAAAUUCGUAUAUGAGGUGUUCUCCAUCAGUUCAGGCAGUUUUUUCAAACCCUGUCAAAUAUCACUUACAAUUGAUCUAUUUUACUACUACUUGAAAGUAAUCUGCAUAAUUUUAUUUUGCGAUCCUUAGAUGACUUCUUUCGGGAGGUCAAUUUUUUUUUUGUAAUUCAUACAAUUUGGAUUCGCUUAGUCUGUUUUGAGCACAAGAAAAAUUCAAAUCAAAUUUCUUCACACAAACGGACAUCUUCAAUGUCACUCUUAAUUUUAUAUAAUUCAUUGAGAUAUGUAAAAAAAACCUAUAGAAAAAUUGGCAACGUGGGCAAUGGUCAUUUGAUGUAGUUAAAAAAAUUUUCUUCCAAAGUCUCAGUACAAAAUCGCAUUAGACGAACCAUUGUGUCAAUAUAUUUUUAUUACUAAAACAAUUCGGGAAAGUUUUACGUGUUGACGGUGUGACACAUAUGGUCGGACAGAUGCGAUUUGAUGCUAAGACUUAUAAGAAAAAAUUUUAUUCCCUUAUGUAGUCGAUGCCCAUCAUGCCUAGUGUUUUAUAUUUUUUUUUACGUAUCUCUAUAGAUUAUACAAAGUUAAUUGAACAUCAACAUAAGACCUAAUGCCUUAUAAAAUUCAGAGAAAACAAACAUUUUUUGGUCAUAAUAACUUUUUUGUCAGUCUUGCUCAAUUGAAGUUAUAUAAGUUACAGAAGAAAAAUUCAUAUAUCGACAGAAGUGAUUUGAAAAUUUAAUGUGAAAAAUAUAUACCAAGGCUCCUUUCAAAUAGUACCAAAAUAUGGUCAAUUAUGAAUGAUAUCUGAGAGAGUUCCACAAAAAAUGGCUGAACUGAUAGAAAGUGUCCCAUUUAAGCAUUCACGUAUGCAUGUAUCAUUGAACACUAAAGUGCAUAUGAAAUAUACAUGUACAUAUGUCGAGAUGGAGGGCAUGACACAGAACAUUUGUUUAUUCUUACAUAUUAAGAACGAAGAAUGUUUAACAUAUGUCUUGGGGAAUGUAUCAAAUUCUGUAUCACGUUUGAUUGAUUAAUGUGUUCAGUUCAUUUAAGGUUGUGCCAGAAAUUCUAAAAUUUGUUUUACAUACAUGCAUAAUGAAUGUUACAUCACAAUUAUAAAUUAUAAUGCUUGAGUUAUUUUUAUUCUCGCUUUUCUGAGGAUUGAAAUUCUAGUAAAGGAUAUUCUGAGCACAAUAGUAUGUGAUGGAAAUUUGAUAAUAGGCAGUCAUUUAGUUAUUAAAGUGUCAUUUCCACCAUCUGUUGACAAUUGUGAAAAGUUUUCUUUAAAGAAUAUUUUACCUAUUUCUGGCUAAAGCAAUCCAAGACUGACAUAUUAUACCGGAAAACAUGCAAAAUAGCAUUAUUUAAUAAAUAUCCAAGAAUAAUCUAAUUGUACAUAACAUUAAAAUCGGUACCUUGCAGCCUCAGAACCGGAAUUUCAUUUUUACUAAGUUUUCACAUGUUAUUAUCGUUUGCGCCAAACAAAGUGUAAUGGAACUAAACUUGACAUCUGUGUGAUAAUAGUUCUACACUACUACGAUCUCGUGGCGAAGGAUGCGAUUGAAUCUUAGUUUAGUUAUUUUCACAAUGAACAGAAUGAAAAAUCAAUGAAAGUAAUUGAUAUUGAAAAUCGUGAAUUACGAUUACUAUUUAUUUAUUCUAUUUUAAACUUCUGAAAGUGAUUUGGGUCUAAUAAUUUGUACUACUGUAAAAUAUUAGGAAAUAUGCCCAAGAUAUGAUGUGCUGUGCAGUUAAGACUCUGGCUCAGAACGGCAUAAUUCGUAAUAAAGUUAAUUACAAUUAUUAAA